AUGGCAAGUCAAAAGUUGUGGAAGGCGGCGCCUACGCAGGUGCUGAAGGUGGUCAAGCCCAUCGUGCACUGGGGAUUCGUGCCUCUCAUCGUGUACAUUGCUCUGAAGCAGGAGCCCAGUCUCACUCUGAUGCAGAUUAUCAAUCCGUUUGCGGCUCCUGCUGAGCAAGCUUAA